AUGAUUGAAGAAACGAAAAUGGAUAGAGAGAUGACUAGUACCCGUUCUCUGAGUCCUCACACUCUUCUCUCCUCCCAUGUGAUGCCCACAACAAGCAGUGGCGCGCAAUCCAGAUCUGUGGCUACUCUCACUCUUCCACUUCGUUCGUUGUGUCGCCGCGUCAUGCGACAUCCAAAUCUUCCAGUUUCACUUUCACGUCACUCGCACUUAAGCGUUGAUGCUGCUCUCAAUGUCACCAAGAGCGAUGCCACCGACAAUGACGGCGGAACCAUCAGCGGUGGUGGUUGCGACGUGAUUGUUAGUGAUGAACAAAUCUUGGCAUACCCCUAUGGUACGAAAGGCUCUGAAUCCUGUAUUCAUAAUGAUAGUGGCAAAGACAUGUUUGAGACAGAUAUUGAUGACGUGGAUGAAUUUUCGUGA